AUGGCGACCACAUUUAGACGCUCAAUUGAGCAAUUAGACGGCAUCACCAAACUCCUCACGACGCGCUGCACAGAUACCCAAGAGAGCAACACAUGCGAGAAGCCCACCUCGCACACACAGAUUGUGGUUGGAGUCGUCGUUGCAACAGGUCUUCUUAUCUUGGGGUCGGCACUAUUAGUUCUAGUCUGGUUGACUCUGAGACGGAGACAAAUUGACAAACUCGAAGAAGCGACCGAUCCAUUCGAACUGGCCGCCUAUGGCCUCGAGCAGACGCCAGUCCAGAAACAGAGGCGACGCGAUCGCUUUAAGGCGAUGUUGGGGAGAAGAUGA